AUGUACCCCUUGUCAGGAAAACGGCCUGUCCCAGAACAUAUCCCCCGUCCGGAUUACGCAGUUGACGGUAUACCCAGAGCUGAGCGCAGGGAAGCCGGUCAGGCGCCACGCAUACUGAAAUCAGACGGGCAGGAGAAAAUGAGGAAAGUGUGCAAACUCGCUCGAGAGGUUCUGGACCUCGCUGCCUCCCACAUACGUCCUGGCGUCUCGACGGAUGAGAUCGACGAAGUCGUUCACAAUGCAUGCAUCGAAAGGAAUUCAUACCCGUCCCCUCUAAAUUAUCGAGACUUCCCGAAAUCAGUCUGCCUUUCCGUAAACGAGGUCAUUUGUCAUGGUAUUCCUGAUCAACGAAUAUUACAAGAAGGUGAUAUCGUCAACGUUGACGUCACAUUAUAUCACGAAGGAUACCACGGGGACUUGAACGCAACAUACCCAGUUGGGGAAAUCGAUGAGGACUCGAAAAAACUAAUUAAAACUACACGCGAUUCUCUGGACGCUGCAAUAAAGUUGUGCAAACCUGGUGCACUCUUCCGAGACCUCGGAAAGGCCAUCGAACCAAUAGCUCGUGCCAAUGGCUGUGCUGUGGUACGAACUUACACUGGACAUGGUAUUCAUACACUCUUUCACUGUGCACCCAACGUACCGCAUUAUGCCAAAAAUAAAGCAGUAGGUACUAUGAAGCCGGGGAUGGUACGUACUCUCCUCCCUAUCUAUAGAAACAAUUGUUUACUAUAACGAACACAGUGCUUUACCAUUGAACCUAUGUUGAACCUGGGAAGCAAUUGGGGCGAGAUCCAUUGGCCAGACAACUGGACUGCCACUACCACGGAUGGAAAUCGCAGUGCUCAAUUUGAGGAGACCUUACUGAUCACAGAGACAGGUGUUGAAGUCCUCACAGCGGGAAAAGAUUGGGAAUCAUCGUAGACCUAAUUAUAACAAGCGAAUCGAUCUGUGAAUAACAGAGUUUAGGUUCACCUAUUUUUACAUUCAAUGGGAUUCCUUUGGGCCCCU